AUGUCUCAAUCCACCGCCGCCACCUGCACCUUCACCUCCGUCGCCCAAUCCCUCUCCGCCGCCCUGCGCCUGAUCUCCGAGCAACGCACAGCCCUCGCCCAAGCCGCCAACCACCCCGCCCUAGCCAUACGCACACGCCAGAGCAAGACCCAGAACCAGACCCAAAAGAAGACAGACACACCCUCAACCUACGAAGUAAUCGUCGCGACCGCGCGCCCCACCAAACACGAAAACGAAACCCCGCCCAACUGGACGAUCUUCCUGCAUGCCCCAGGGACACGGCACUCGCGCUCCUACAGCCUCCGCCGGAUCCAAGGCGGGGGCAUGGACUGGGACUCGGUGCUAGGCAUGAGCUGGGAGCUUGUCUACGACGCGGCCGCGUCGGACACGCUGGACGACCGGGCGUUCGGGGCGUUCAGCUAUCUGGGGCAGAUGCCUGGGGCGUAUCUGGAGUGGUUUGAGGGGGAGUUCCGGGCGCUGACGCGGGGGCCGAACAACUUCUUUGUUGCGAGGCUGUUUGCGCGGAUGCAGGGGGUGGGUCUUACGACGGGGGAGGUUGUAAUGCGGCUUGUUGGGGAUGCGAGGUAUAGUGAGCGGGAGUUCCGGGGGCUUGCGGAGAGGGGGAAGCCGGAUGAUGGGUAUUUGGCUGUGGAUGAGGAGGUGUUGAGGGCGUAUGGGAGAAAUUCGAGGGCAGAUGGUGCAGCUGCAGCUGGUCUCCGGGCUGAGUUUCAGGUUCCCGUGUUUGAUUCAACCAGAGGGUUGGGGGAGUUGUUUGAAAGGUUGAGGAUUGAGCAGUAG